CUCUUUCUCUUUUUUUUCUCUCCUUUUCUCUUCUUUACCUAUCAUUUCAUUCAAAAACAAGACAUCCACAGGAUCGUUUUGGAAGAGGGAGCAUAGUCUUCACAAGGUGAGUUGAGGGGAGAUGCGAUUGGGUAGAGAGAAGCAUGGCGCGGAGGACUUGGGGGUGGUCCAAGGAGUGGUGGCGAAGAGACGUCGGUGCAAAUGGUCAAACGCGCUGACAAGUCUUGUCGUCUCUCCUUUUGUCCUCUUGUCCACCACGACUUUGCUCUUCAAAGCCCUUUCAGAAAACCCACGUAAACGCAGUAUACUCAAACUACGUGGACGAUCCCAUCCAGAGACAUCAAGUAUCUCUCUCACAUACCCAAUCCUCAAACUUCCUAUCCUACAAAACCUCUAGCUGAAAAUGGCCGACGCAACUAGUCCCUCGCCUGCAGCAGCAUCUGCUACUUCUCCCGCUCCUCAGACCAAUGGAGCUGCUCCCGCUUCUGCUGCCUCGCAGCCUGCGGCUGCCGCAGCUCCUCAGCCAACUUCGACCACCGGUCAAACUAGCGGUGCAGGAGUCAGCUUGUACGUCGGAGAACUCGACAACACCGUCACUGAGGCCAUGUUGUUCGAAAUCUUCAACAUGAUUGGGCCCGUCCAGAGCAUUCGAGUUUGUCGAGACGCUGUCACUCGACGAUCCCUUGGAUACGCCUAUGUCAACUACCUCAACACUGCCGAUGGAGAGCGAGCUUUGGAACACCUCAACUACUCGUUGAUCAAGAACCGACCUUGUCGAAUCAUGUGGAGUCAGAGAGACCCCGCUCUGCGAAAGACUGGUCAGGGUAACAUCUUUAUCAAGAACCUCGAUGAGUCGAUCGAUAACAAGGCUCUCCACGACACCUUUGCUGCUUUCGGAGAAAUCCUCUCGUGCAAGGUCGGAACUGAUGAGAAUGGAAAAUCCAGAGGAUUUGCUUUUGUCCACUACUCUACCCACGAUGCCGCUGAUGCCGCUAUCAAGGCUGUCAAUGGAAUGCUUCUCAACGACAAGAAGGUCUAUGUCGGACCUCACGUUGGCAAGAAGGAGCGACAGUCAAAGAUUGAGGAGCAACGAGCUCAGUUCACCAACAUCUUCGUCAAGAACGUCGACACCGAGAUGACUGACAAGGAGUUUGAGGACUUGUUCACACCUUUCGGAGCCAUUGUCUCUGCCGCUUUAGGCAAGGACGAGCAGGGUGUCAACAAAGGAUUCGGAUUCGUCAACUUCGAAUCCCACGAAGCCGCCACCAAGGCUGUUGACGAGCUUAACGACAAGGAGGUCAAGGGCAAGAAGCUCUACGUUGGACGUGCUCAGAAGCGAACUGAGCGAGAUGAUGAGCUCCGCAAGGCCCACGAGGAGAGGCGAAUGGAGAAUGAGGCCAAGUCGGCCGGUGUCAAUCUUUACGUCAAGAAUCUUGAUGACGAAUGGGAUGACGACCGUCUCCGGGCCGAAUUCGAGACUUUUGGCACAAUCACCAGCUGCAAGGUCAUGAAGGACGAGAACGGAACCUCGAGGAACUUUGGAUUUGUUUGCUACUCCACCCCUGAUGAGGCUACCAAGGCUGUGCAGGACAUGAACGGCAAAAUGAUCGGCACCAAACCCCUUUAUGUUGCGCUUGCCCAACGUAAGGAUGUCCGACGACAGGCCCUCGAGUCUCAGAUGCAACAGCGACAGAGCCAGCGCGUCGCCUACGCCGGAGGCAUGGGUGGUGCUCCAGGCUACAUGGGCGCCCCUAUGUACCCUUACCCUCCUAUGAACGGCUACGGCGGACAACCUGGUAUGAUGCCCGGCAUGCGUGGACCCAUGAUGGGAUACCCUCCUCAGCAAAUGAUGCAACAGGCACGGCCUCGGUACGCUCCUGUUGGCCAGCCCGGAAUGAACAUGCCAUAUGGCAUGCCUCCACCUCAAAUGGCAUACCCCGGUAUGCCUCAGAACUACCCUGUCCGACCCUCCAACGUCGGCGCUCGUCCUCCCACUUCCGCUCCUACCGCCAACAGUCGAUCACCCGUUGGUGCUCCCCAAGGUCUGCCCGCUGGAGCCGUUCCCCGAGGCGCUCAGAUGCCCAUGCGACCUCCUCAGGGAUACCCUGAAGCCGGUUCUGCUCCUCAAGGUGCUCAGCGACUCAACGCACAGAGCCUUGCUCGAGCUUCUGCGCCUGACCAGAAGCAAAUGCUUGGGGAGGCCUUGUACCCUCUCAUCUCCGAAGCACAACCUGAACUCGCUGGCAAGAUCACUGGAAUGCUUCUCGAGAUGGACAAUGGAGAGCUCCUCCACUUGAUCGAGUCGCCCAGUGCCCUCACUGAAAAGGUUGAUGAGGCUCUCCGGGUUCUCGAGGAGUGGAAGAAGGAUGACGAGGAGGCUUCCAAGAAGGCUGAGGGAGAGACCAAGGAGGAGGCUGUCAAGGAGGAGUCCAAGUAGAACGUCUGCUCUCGCAGAGUCAGUCUUCUCUCUCACGGUUUCAUAGACACCCCGAUCCUUUUCUUCUUUUUUUGACAGUGUUACCGCUUGACGGUGGAGUAAUUUGAAAGGGCAUGUACACUA